UAUGAUGGUACAUCUGUAAUAAAGUAUAUGCAUGGAGGGUAAAAUCCUAGCCAACUAAUGAGACAAGAGAAUCAGAGGCUUUUCCAAGAAAGCAGCUUACUCAAACAAGAAAAGAUUAGGAACAAAAUCCCUGGUUUUUAGCUUUCAAUUUCACUCCCAAAACACCACCCCCUUUGGAAACCGCUGCGCCGCCUCCUUCUUUCCACAACUCACCCACCAACCCCUUGCCCUUAAAUACUCCCCCACCUCUCUUCCUUACUUAUCUCUCUCUAACCAUCUCCGCACAAAAAUCCCUCCUCUAGCUCAGAAACGCUACCCGUGAGAAUGAGCUGCAAUGGCUGCAGGGUCCUGCGUAAAGGUUGCAAUGACAACUGUACCAUUAGACCUUGUCUUCAAUGGAUCAAAUCCACUGAUUCUCAAGCCAAUGCCACUCUCUUCUUGGCCAAGUUCUAUGGUCGUGCUGGCCUCAUCAACCUCAUUGAAGCCGCGCCCCAACGACUCCGCCCAGCUAUAUUUAGCUCAUUGCUAUAUGAGGCGUGUGGCAGGAUAGUGAAUCCGGUCUAUGGGUCAGUUGGCAUGCUUUGGUCAGGUAACUGGGCCCAGUGCCAAGCAGCCGUCGAUGCAGUGCUCAAAGGGUUACCCAUCAUAUCAAUUCCUUCUUCUGAUGUACCAGCACCACACUUGAUCUCUUCCCUCAACACCUACGACAUUCGCCACGUGUCCAGGGAUCAAAAUUCUCCCGAACUCAACAAAGUCAAGAGCAGAACCCGGUACAAGCGGUUCACUGGCACCAGGCCCAAUUCACUGGCUGAGCCAACGGGCCGGCUUCACCAGGGAGAGAUGGGAUGGGAACCGGUUCGUGGGCCGUGGCUUGGUCAUUUGGGAAACGGGGAUAGUCGUAUCAAAGAUGAGGAUAGCAUAUUCGCUGCUGAAACUGUGGAGGAUUCUUUGUGGAGUCGGGUUGAGCCAGACCAGGUCUUCAAAUUUAAUGGACAAGGUGAUGAUAGUGAUCUUAGUUUGGAACUGACUCUUGCUUUGGUUUCGGAGUAAAGCACCAAAUUAAUUGAGUUGAGCAUGCAGGUGUGCUAGCUAAUUAAGCUUCAUGAGAUCAUGCAUGGUGAAACAAUUUUGACGACUCAAACGGAUAGCAAAUCACUUUCACAUGCUCUACUUUUGCUAGCAAUUACCGUGUAUAUAUGCAUGCAUGUGUGUGUGUGUGUGUGUGUGUAUGUUGGGAUAAUUUAGUUUU